AUGUUGUGGUAUAAACUUUUAAUAAUUGGUCUUAUAUAUGGCUUAUUAAUGCUGCCAGGAAAUCAGGCAAAAAUUAUAAAGAAAAGAGGAGUAAUGGACAAUUUAAAUGAUGGCUUAAAAGUAGCGGGACAAAUGUUUGGCAUUAAUACUGCUGCUGAUGUGGCCAAUUUGGUGGCUAAGGCAUUUUCCAAAAAUAGCAGCAAUCGCAAUACACCCGAUUUAUUUACAAUAAUCCAGAAAGGUUUGCAACUUUCACCCUCACUUUCGGGCAGUUCCGAGGAAAGAAAACAAAAUAAUUAUGAAUCUCAAGAACAGCAACAGGCCCAAACAGAGGCAGCAACUCAGUUUAAACAAUAUCAAACUAAAACAUCGGAAGCCACGCCCUCUAAAGAGGCGAUAGGUUUAAAUUUUGGUGCUUCGAAUCUUAUAACCAGCAUGUUACGCAUGGUGGGCUUUGAUGCUGCCAAAUUGGGAGCUUUGGCUAUAAAUGCUUUAAUAAUGAUAGCCUCAGCAAUAGGUAAUACCUUAAUGGGUAAGAAAACUGGACCCAUUACUGUAAGUGCUCUAGAUGGUGGUCAAAAUGCCGAAAAUGGUCCCGAAGAAAAAUAUACACCCAAUGCACACCAGCCCCGAACAGUAAAUGAUCCCACUACUAUAGAAUGGUUUUUGCAAAACUCCUCACGUAAAAUGAAACGUGUUUUGCAACAAGCUACCCAUACAGAUUUAGCAGAGAAACUCACCGAUAUGAUAACUAAUUAUGAAUCUGCUCAUGGUCAGGCUGCUUGCUUGAAAAUGUUAGUUUGUAAAAGUUCACCUUUUAUUUGGGGCAUGCAAAAAUCCAUAAAGAAACAUAUAGAACCGAAGGGCAAAGAGACGGAGAUCGAUGAUGAAGAGGAUAAUAAUGCUGAGUCGUCGUUUUUUAAUGUUCAACAUUUCUUCACUCAUUUACCCAGUAUCGAUGAGUAUCGUGCUUAUGGUAGCAAGUGUGAAAAACAAUAUUCGAUUUAUUGUAAUACUAAAGAUUUGUAUAAUAAGUAA